AUGGAAAUGCCGACACUGCAAAAUGUCAUCAGCACUCUGUUUCCAGCAAACCAGAUCAGCAGUUAUAGGUACCUGCCCGCCUCCGGACCACCAGUUCCAUUCACCGCGGACGAGGUUAAUGCGGCAGUUGAUAGAGCACGCAGCAAAAACAAGGCACCCGGCCCUGACUGUAUUAACAGCCAAAUCCUCGCGGCAGUCCACAAAGCCGAUCAGUGCACCCUGAGAGACCUCUUCAACAAAUGCCUCCACCAAGGAAUUUUCAAGUCGGAGUGGAAGUUUUCCCGAGUUGUUCUCCUGAGAAAAGGCAUUAAACCAGAGGGUGUCCCGUCAUCUUAUCGCCCGCUGUGCCUCCUCAACGACGUUGGGAAAAUGCUGGAGUUCCUCCUCACUCGAAGACUGGAAGACCACAUCACCUCGAGGGGCAAUUUGUCGCCCAACCAGUACGGCUUCCGGAAGAACAUGUCCACUGAUGACGCGGUGCUGAAACUACAUAAUACCAUCGUUAACGAGGCUAACGAUGGAAAAUUCUGCCUUGCGAUUAGCCUAGACAUCAAAAACGCAUUUAACACCAUCAAAUGGCCUGAUAUAAUGGCAGCAUUGGAGAGCUGGGACGUCCCUUCCUUCCUGUACCGCAUGUUCCAGUCAUACUUCUGCGGCAGGUUUGGAACGGUUUCCACCGGCAGUGGAAGAAUGGAGGUCGAGAUCUCAGGAGGAGUGCCACAGGGAUCCGUCGUUGGUCCCCUUCUCUGGAACACAACGUUCGACUCUGUCCUGCGAGGGCCACUACCACAUGGAGCGAAGUUACUCGGUUUCGCAGAUGACACCUUGUUGGUGGUCUCAUCCAAGACCGUUGAAGAGUUGGAAGCACUCGCGAACAAUGCGCUACGGCUUGUAGAGGAUCGCAUCUCAAACCUUAGCCUCCAGAUCGCGGCAGAUACAACAGAGGCUGUUCUCUUCACCCAGAAGUACAAACACGGGACACCAAACAUCGAGGUAGGCGGGAAGACAAUACCGUUGACGAAGAAGAUGACAUACCUCGGAAUGAUCAUAGACAGUUCCCUCUUCUUCAAAGAACACAUGCAGUCAGCAUCGGCCAAGGCGGAAAUGAUCUCCACACAGUUAGCAAGGAUCAUGCCAAACGUCGGCGGUCCGCGGGAGGAUAGGCGCCGUUUACUGUCGUCGGUCGUUCACUCCGUGUUGCUCUACGGCGCACCGUCCUGGGCUCAUACCCUUGACCUCAUUCCUGGUAAUGUGAAGCUGUUGAACAAAACCCAACGGAAGAUACUUCUCCGAUGCACCUGUGCCUAUAGAACGGUCUCAGGGGUAGCGGCGAAUGUGCUGGCGUCAACCCCGCCUGCCGACCUGUUGGCAAGAGAACGCGAAACCGAGUUCCUAUAG